GCGGUGCAUUGGGGGCAGGGAAGAGGGAGCGCUGGUAAACAAUAAGCCAGAGCCUGAAAAGGUGCCUUUUUCCUCCUUCUUCCUCCCUCUUCCCUCCUCCCUUCCUUCCUCCUCCUUCUCCCUCCUCUCUCUUCUUUCCCAUCUGCUGGGGCUGCCUCCCCCUUCUGCACCACCGCCUGCAGCGGGAGCCUGGCUCUGUUGUCCCCUGGCCACCGCCCCCGGGGCAUGGCAUAUCUGAUGGCAGCUUUCUCAGUGGGCACGGCUCUGAAUGCCAGCAGUUAUUCUUCAAGUGUGACAGAGCCAAAGUCAGUGUGUGUCUCAGUGGAUGAAGUGGUUUCAAGUAGUAUGGACAGUACAGAGACUGAUCUGCUAAAUGGACACAUGAAAAAGGUGGACAACAAUCUGACUGAAGCACAGCGCUUCUCCUCCUUGCCUAGGAGGGCAGCAGUGAAUAUUGAAUUUAAGGACCUUUCCUAUUCUGUCCCAGAAGGACCAUGGUGGAGGAAGAAAGGAUACAAGACUCUUUUGAAAGGAAUUUCAGGGAAAUUCAGCAGUGGAGAGCUUGUUGCAAUCAUGGGUCCUUCUGGAGCUGGAAAAUCAACACUCAUGAACAUCCUGGCAGGAUACAGAGAGACAGGGAUGAAAGGGUCAGUUCUCAUCAAUGGACUGCCUCGAGACCUCCGCUGUUUCCGUAAGGUAUCAUGUUAUAUUAUGCAAGAUGACAUGCUGCUUCCUCAUAUUACCGUGCAAGAGGCCAUGAUGGUUUCUGCUCAUCUAAAACUUCAAGAGAAGGAUGAAGGCAGAAAGGAGAUGGUGAAGGAGAUCCUGACAGCUCUGGGUCUGUUGUCCUGUGCUAACAUAAGAACAGGAAGUCUUUCUGGGGGCCAGAGAAAGCGUCUUGCCAUUGCUUUGGAAUUAGUGAACAAUCCACCUGUCAUGUUCUUUGAUGAGCCUACCAGUGGUUUGGACAGUGCCUCCUGUUUCCAAGUUGUCUCACUGAUGAAAGCUUUGGCCCAGGGAGGCAGGUCCAUCAUCUGUACAAUCCACCAACCCAGUGCUAAACUGUUUGAGCUAUUUGAUCAGCUUUAUGUCCUGAGUCAAGGACAAUGUGUAUACCGGGGGAGAGUUUCAAAUCUAGUACCUUACUUGAGAGAUUUAGGUCUAAACUGUCCAACUUACCACAACCCAGCAGAUUUUGUAAUGGAGGUUGCAUCUGGUGAAUACGGUGAUCAAAAUAGUCGCCUGGUGAGAGCUGUGCGGGAGGGCAUGUGUGACACAGAAUUCAAGAGAGAAUUUGGGGGUGAUGCUGACUUGAACCCUUUCCUUUGGCACCGGCCCUCUGAAGAGAACUCCAUUUCUUCUGAAGGUUGUCACAGCUUCUCAGCUAGCUGCCUCACUCAAUUUUGUAUCCUCUUCAAAAGAACAUUUCUCAGCAUCAUGAGGGAUUCGGUAUUGACACAUUUAAGGAUCACAUCACACAUUGGGAUUGGACUUCUCAUAGGCUUGCUAUAUUUAGGAAUUGGGAAUGAGGCCAAGAAAGUCUUGAGCAACUCUGGUUUCCUCUUCUUUUCCAUGUUGUUCCUCAUGUUUGCUGCACUAAUGCCUACUGUCCUCACAUUUCCUCUUGAGAUGGGAGUUUUUCUUAGAGAACAUCUGAAUUAUUGGUACAGUCUAAAGGCCUAUUAUCUGGCCAAGACCAUGGCUGAUGUUCCCUUUCAGAUCAUGUUUCCAGUAGCCUACUGCAGUAUCGUAUACUGGAUGACUUCUCAGCCAUCUGAUGCUCUCAGAUUUGUCCUAUUUGCAGCCUUGGGGACAAUGACAUCACUGGUGGCUCAGUCUCUGGGACUCCUGAUUGGUGCAGCCUCCACAUCAUUACAGGUGGCAACAUUUGUAGGUCCCGUGACAGCCAUCCCAGUCCUUCUUUUCUCAGGAUUCUUUGUCAGUUUUGAUACCAUUCCAGCAUAUUUGCAGUGGAUGUCCUAUAUUUCCUAUGUCAGGUAUGGGUUUGAGGGAGUUAUUCUCUCUAUCUAUGGUUUGGAUAGAGAAGAUCUUCAUUGUGACAUUGAAGAGACCUGCCACUUUCAGAAAUCAGAAGCCAUACUGAAAGAAUUGGAUGUGGAAAAUGCCAAACUUUACUUGGACUUUAUUGUUCUUGGGAUUUUCUUCAUCUCCCUUCGCCUCAUUGCCUAUUUUGUCCUCCGAUAUAAAAUCCGAGCAGAGAGGUAAAACAUUCCAGUAGGGAGGAAAUUAGAAGUUGCAAUUAAAGGCAUUUGUCUUGUCUUUUCAGGUCAGUAUCUUACCUAACUCUUAAAAACUAUAUUACAUUUCUGGAUGUCAAGUGUUCAACUUCUCAGUCCAGUUGGGUUGGGUCACCUCUCUAUUGUCCUUUAUAAUCUUAACUAGGAAGAAGAUAUACAAGAGGGUUUUUUUAAAAAAGCAGAAUUUAAUACUCAAGGAUGAUGUACCUAAAAUAUUACUGGUGACUGGAUGUUUCCUUUACAAAAUCCUUCUUUAUGACGAGAUGACUUGAGGUCCUGGACAUGGAAUUAUAAAGCAAAUUCUUCAUGGAGAAUUUUUUCAGGAACUGAUUACUAUGUAUACCAGGAUGGGGAGAGAAGAAGCUGGAACACAGGGUUAUCUUUCUCUUUAUUUUUCUUUAUUAAAAAUAUCAGUUUCAAUUUUCUAAGGUUUGUCUCCUUAAGACUAUUUUUCUUAAGAAGUAACU